AGGGAUAGUGUCAAUUUCUUAUCCACUUCUGUAAAGACUACUACGCGAAAACGGUGGCGAUCAUGGCUGCCAUUGCCUUUCACUUUUCCCCUCCUUCCUUUUGCUACUCGUCUCCUUCCCUCCAAAAUUCCUCUUACUCUUCUCUAUCAAGACUCCGAUUCUCCUGCUCCGUCUCAUCGUCGGUACCUCAGCACGGUGGCCGGACAGGUUUUAUGGAGUUCCCGUACGUUUCGGCCCCACACAAAGAUCUUAUGGUCGACCUAGUAUCCACGGUCGAAACUCGCCUCGAGUCUUUCCUUAAUCCUUGCAAUCUCCCGCCUGAUGUACAGUCUUGUCAGAAUUCCACCGGAACAGCUCAUGCUUCUAUCCAUCUCAGAUCCGGCGUCCAGUCGUCGAUUGAUUUCAUACUUGGAAGUUGGCUUCAUUGUGAGUUACCAUCAGGAGGAGCCUUGAACAUUACGAGCCUGUCAGCCUAUCUAAACUCAUCGACUGAUGCACCCAACUUGUUGGUAGAGCUCAUCCAAAGCAGUCCAACAUCUAUGGUUCUAAUUCUUGAUUUGCCUCCAAGAAAGGAUCUUGUUCUCAACCCUGAUUACCUCAAGACAUUUUAUGAGGACACCCAUUUGGAUCAACACAGACAACAUCUUGAGAAGCUCUCCGAGGUAAGACCGUACUUCUCGUCGUCUCUUUACAUUCGUUCAGUCGCCUCUCCCACCGCAAUCCUGGUGCUUAUCGAGACUGAACGACUCGAGGAAAUGAUCAAAACCCAUGUUAGCCCGAUUGCCAAGGAAGUGUUGAAAACUUGGUUGGAUAUUUGUGUUUUUGGGGAAAGGAGAGUAGAUGAAACUGAGAAAGCUUAUUUGAAAAAGAGGGAUGAAAUGAGUAAAAGCAAGACCAUUGAAAUCGAUCUGGGUUCAAACCUGCCAAGGUUGUUUGGGCAUGAAACUGCUAACCGCGUACUAGAAGCUCUACGUGAGGUUUUCUGAAGCGAGUUUUGUUUGAUAAGGACUUGUAUUUUUCUGCAUCGAAGGUUGUACCAUAUUUCGAUGCUCAUGCAUUAUCAUCCCCUUGGUUUGCAACUUCAUUUUUACAACACACCAAUGUUAUGAAUCUUGAAACCAACAUAAUUAUCCUUGUUUUUGUUUUUAUGGCU